CGCCCCGCCCGCAGAGAUGGGCGCAGAGUGACCCGGCCGGGUGAUCAGUGAUGUGGGGCGCCGUCCUCAUCCUCUUCUUCCUGAGCUGCCGACUGGAGACCCUCCCGGGGGCCCCUCCCGCCCGCCCGGUGCCCCAUCAGGACAGCCAGAGAUCAGAGGUCACCCCAGGGAGAGGAGAACAGACGUCACACGGGACGGAGCAGAGUCCGGAGGAGGCGGCGCCAUUCAUCCUGGACCUGCAGAGCUUAUCGGGGGCCAACCUGACCUCUGAGAACCCCAAUAUCCAGGUGACGAUUGAGGUGGAUCCGGCGUCUCAGACGGAGGUGGAGUUGGAUUUGUCGGAUACGCGGACGGAUUGGGCGGACCCGGAUUGGGUGUCUCAGCAUGAGCUCUUCUGGCCGCUCUUCUGGGAGUACAAUGACAUCCCUGGUGAGGAGACUUCCACGCCGGGCCCCUCGGGGUCAGAGGUUGCGGGCGACUAUUCCUCACAGUAUGAAUGGGAGGACAACAUCCUGAGCGGACGAGAUCCCAAUGGAGAGAACUGGAUCUCAGAGGACAAAUAUCAUUACGAUUACGAGGAGGAAGAGUGGAGUUCUUGGUCUCCAUGUAGCGCUACCUGCGGUCACCCCAGCCAGAAACGCACGCGCUCCUGCGGAUAUUCCUGCACCGCCACCGAAUCCCGUGUGUGUGACCUGAUGCCGUGCCCAGGGGAGGACGACACCGAGAACUCCACCCUCUUGUGGGCGACAUUGGCCAGCAGGGGAACUCCGGCUCCAGAUAAUGCUCACCUGGACAGCUGCGAUCGUUGGCUCACCUGUAAGAGUGAAUUCCUCAGUAACUAUUUGCACCGGGUCUUAACAGAAUUGCCAAGUUGCCCCUGCUCCUACCCCUCGGAGGCCGUCUACAGCUCGCUGGUGCUGCGGGAUGAGACGUUGGCGCGCAGUUUCCGGUGGAGGGACGCAAGUGGCAAUCGGGAGAGGCUGGACAUCUACAAUCCGGGCGCACGCUUCUGUCUGCGCUCUUUACUCACCCGGGACAGCAGCAGCCUGGGGGCUCAGCACUGCUGCUACGACCAUUCCCUCAAACUGGUAACGCGCGGGCACGCCGCCGCCAUCCCCAACCUCAUCAGCGCCGACUUCUCCCCCGAACUUCACUACAAGGCCGAUGUGCUGCCCUGGAUCCUUUGCAAGGGCGACUGGAGCCGAAUCCACUCCCUGCGCCCCCCAAACAAUGGCCACGGCUGUCCAGAGAACCCCCCUGAGGAGGAGUACCUGGCCCAGCUCCAGGAGGCCCGCGAGUUCUAGGCCCGGGCAAGGACUGCGGAGGAGGGGAACGGGGGGUGGGGGAGAUCAGAGCGGAGUUGUAAUAUAUUCAAAUCCAUUUCUAUACAAAUUUUAUAUAAUCA